AUAAGUAACAUCCCUUCCACGAAGAGGAAUUCGAAGGUUCACAGGUAUUACAACGUGUAUUUGUGUGACUAAGGCUUUUCAACGAUGUGGGGCAUUUUGCUGGAAUUUUUAUUUCUCUUCAUCUUGAAAUCAUUUAUUGCUGUGGGAAAUGCAUAUCCAAUUACUGAUUCAGAUAUAGAGCUUUCAAGGAAUAAUAAUGUAAUGACGACCAUGAAUGAUUCAGUCAAAUCGACAGUUACGCCCAUGUGUGUUUACAUACCACCGAAUUUAGAUGUUUGUAAAUUUAUCAGUUUGUACAGUUAUAAAUCGAAAGAAAAUUUCUGGAACUCUGAGCACAAACUAUCGGAGAAUAAAAAGCGCAAGUUAUUGGAAAGUAAUAAAAUGUACUUCACAUCACGCCCAUCGACGCAUGUUCCAGAAGCAAAAAAGUUUCAAAAUCAUCCAUUUGUAAAAACUAUAAUAUAUGAAAUACAAAGAUGCAUACCGCCGAGAUUGCCAUUUGUUCUACCUUGGUGCACCGAUGAAGAUCUCUCCGAUAAGAAGAACGAAAUCCGCCGGCUUUAUCCUUUCAUGAUAGAUGGUUUUUCAAAAGCAACGUACGAAUUUCCUAUGUACGAUUUUUUAAAACAAAGUCGAGUGAUGCCAAAAUCGGCAUAAUUUGUGACAUACACACUAUUGUGUAAAUCGACGAAUUUAAAUGGUCAUUAACAAUCAUGUCUAAAAUC